UCAUUUUGUCAUUUUUGUGUCAAACCAAAUCAAAAUCGAACAAAAAUCGAGCUCCGAACAAAUUUAACCACCUUUCGUAUCAAAAAAGGUGAUUUAAUCAACUUUUGUGUUAGUUUCAUUCCAUAACUCUUCAAGUUAACAACCGCCGAAACAAAGGAAUCGCCUUACUCGCAAAUCGCAAAUGUUUACGACACAAGUUCAAAGGUCUCGUUGUCGCGAUUAAGGUUGCUGCACACUAAAAACAAUGCAAAAAAUGUCAAUGAUCAAUUUAUUCUUGACCGUGAUCGAUCCGUUCAAAGUGGGGCGUCGUUAUGUCAUCCGACCUGCCUUCAAUUUAGCCUCCAACUUGUACGAAGAAACGCUGGAAAAGACAAAAAAUGGCGUUUUAUCAGUGCGAGACAUCAUUUUACGCGUGAUAAUUUUGCUGCUUGCCAUUGUCAUCGUCUUAUGGACUGCGGGGUUCAUGUAUGUGGCUUUUUACUACGCUUACAUGCCCUCAAUUGCCCACACGAGGCCCGUUCACAUGCAAUUCAAGAGUUGUGAUAUUUCCGACGGGGCAACGGGGCUUUGGAAAAGCUCGCAUGACGCUCAAGGAAUUUGUAGUUAUCCGUCGGCGCAUGUUUCGUUGACGCGAAAACAGCAACUCCUGAUGGUUGGACAACCGUAUCGCGUUUUGGUGACUCUCGAUAUGCCCGAAUCGCCGAAAAAUCAGGAAGCUGGGAUGUUUAUGGUCUGUGCCGAGAUGCGGGAUCACACGGGAACUCUUCGAGGGCAUUCUUGCCGUUCAGCAAUGCUUCAUUACAAGUCCACAUUGCACACUUGGAUCUCAACUUGGAUGCGAAUCCCGCUUUAUUUGAUGAAUUUACGCGAGGAAAAGCAAGAAGUCACUGUCGAACUUUUUUCCUCGUACCAAGAUGAUGAAAAAAACUCCGUGACAGACGUCUACAUCGAAAUUCAGUCGAAACAAAUUCAAUUUUACUCCGUUUUGCUGCAAAUUACCGCACAUUUCACCGGUUUGCGGUACUUCAUGUUUCAUUGGCCAAUAUUAUCGGCCGUUGUAGGCAUCUGCACGAACCUUUUCGUCAUCACUAUCGUCUGUUUGAUGAGUUGGUAUCACUGGAGCGACAACGGCGAGCAAUAUUUAGAGGAAAAAACGACUGAAGGUCGACGUCGUUUCCUCCGAAAAAGGUCCCGAGACACAAAUGAGGGUACAAAAAGUGACGAAGGCACCAUGGACGACGACGAAAUCAGCAUAAUUGACGAGCUGAGCUCCGAUAAAGAGGAAAAAUCCACGAUAGAGGGUUUGAGAAUCCGAAAAACGCAAGAGUACAUCGAAGAUUUGUAACGAAAAAUUCCAAAAUUAUUCCAAAAAAUUCGUAGAAACGAUUAGACUGGCUCGCGCAACGUUCUUUCUUAGCAUUUAAGGCAAUAAAAUGCGCUUUUGCACAAGUUA